AUGAACGCUUCAAACGGCCCACCCUUCGGCCACCAACCAGCUUCCCCAGGCCUCGCAACCGACUUGGCCGCGAGUCUCCCUAACCCGCAGGCCCCACUUCCUGCCCUAGCAACACCAGCAGCACCUCCAGCAACUGUGCCAGCUGCGCUUGGCGCCGGACCCAAGAAGGCAGAAAUAUGA